CCUCUGGUUAGUAGGAAAUUGUUACUCUACUAUUUCCAGUUCCAUUACUCUAUCUUGCUUUCUUUUGCUUUUUUUUCUCUCUCAAGAUCCUCUUCCCUUUCCUCGUCUUUCCUUCGCUUUCGUCUGAUCCACUCAGAGGUAUAAAGUGCUUCUCCCCCUGCACCAUGCCUCUGUUCUAUCCUCCCACACCUUCCAUCAAGGGAUGCUAAUAGAUGGUGAAAAGUGGGCUUGUGAAGCUUGCGUUCGCGGCCAUCGUGUUACCACAUGUAAACAUCAUGAUCGACCGUUAAUUCGCAUCAAUCGGAAGGGCAGACCCUUCUCAACCUGCUUGAUAUGCAACUGUACUCCGUGUGAAUCACCAGACGAGCACAACAAGCUGAAACGUGAGGCGGAGAUGAAAUCCCAAUCUUCAAAUAGAGCUUCUGGCAGACAUGCUCGUUCCAACCCCUCCGCGUUUCUUCCAAUCGCCCCGCGUCCGUCCUCGACUUCUCCCCCAUCCUCCAUCCAGCCAUCUCCGCGCCCGGGUUAUAGCUGUGGUUCUCAAUUCUCCGAUAACCGCGCCCCCCCAGCAGCGUCCGCAGGAGGAGCUCGAGGCGCACCACAGGGAGUGCCGUACCACCGCACCGCCGCCGCCACCACUGCCAUUCCGUCGUCGACGAGAUCCCCGACCUCUUUGUCUCAUCCCCAGGCACACCUAGGGUACGCCUCUCACGCCAACUCGGGAGGUUUUAGCGCUGGAGGAGGAAUCUCCCCUCUGAACAUGCCACUAACCUCGCCACCACCGCUGUGCUGCUUGUCAGAUAUUCCCGUGUCUAUGUCGAUGGUCAGUCCGUUCGACACAUUCGGGGAUCAUUCUCUGGUGGAUGGCGGGACGGUCGCAUUCCCGUCGUUGGAGGACAUCGAUCUCAACUCCUUCCAUGGGGAUAUCCUCCAGGAAGAUUGGUCUUGGCUUUCGGAGGAUCACCUCAGGUAGAACCUUUUCCUUUUCUUCUCCUCUUCCUUGUGGAGGAAAAUGAGUGAAUGGCCGUAGGAAAUGAUGACGAAUGACGAAGUUGACGAGCCUAUGAAUUUAUGUCCAGUGGGAGGAGGGAGGGGUUUUUGAAUUUAUCUGCCAGGGAAAACAGAACCUAGUCGGGAUAUAGAGAUGAGAGCGCCUGGAGAUCAUACAUAUUAUUGGUUAUGUACCUAGGUAUAGCUACAGACAAAGUAAAGUGCAAAUAAAACGGCCAGACAAGAAC